CUCAUCCGACUGGCGGUGUCUGUGAAUCUAGACGGGGAGAGAGAGAGAGAGAGAGAGAGAGAGGCAACCAGCAGCAUGAGCAGAUCCCCGGGGAUCCCGAGGGCACAGCGGACCCCGUAAGGCUCCGGCGGCGGGGAAAGCGCUCCUCCACCCGCGAGCCCACCUUGCUCCGCUUUCUCCUCGGACCCCCCCCGACGUACUCCCGGCGAUUCUCCGAGAGCCGUAUGCAUGACACUCCGGAAAGGCGAGCGGACCACCAUCAGCAUCCAGGAGCACAUGGCCAUUGACGUCUGCCCCGGACCUAUCCGACCCAUCAAGCAGAUCUCGGAUUACUUCCCCCGCUUCCCCCGAGGGCUCCCGGCUACCGUCAGCCGCAGCAACAGCCUGCGCUCCUCGCCGUCGUCGUCCUCCGCUGCCGGGCAGCUGGCGGUCAGCCCCUCGGAGACGACGGCGCCCCGGGAGGACGACGAAGAUGUGGACCAGCUCUUCGGCGCCUACGGGACCGAGGCGCCGGCCGAGCAGCCGGCCAAGCGGCGAGCUGAGCCGGAGGAGGAGGCGGCGGCGGAGGCGGUGGACCCCGAGGGCUACGAGUCGGACGACUGCACUGCCCUGGGGACAUUAGAUUUCAGCUUGCUGUAUGAUCAAGAGAACAACGCUCUCCACUGCACUAUCAACAGAGCCAAGGGUCUGAAGCCCAUGGAUCACAACGGACUCUCGGACCCAUAUGUGAAACUACACCUGCUUCCUGGCGCCAGCAAGGCGAAUAAGCUGCGGACCAAAACCUUGCGGAACACCUUGAAUCCGACUUGGAACGAAACCCUGACGUACUACGGGAUCACCGACGAGGACAUGAUCCGCAAAACGCUCAGAAUUUCUGUUUGCGACGAGGACAAAUUCCGCCACAACGAGUUCAUCGGAGAAACGAGGAUCCCUUUGAAGAAACUAAAACCCAACCAGACCAAGAAGUUCUACAUCUGCCUGGAGAAGCAACUGCCGAUAGACAAAACAGAAGACAAGUCCUUGGAGGAGCGCGGCCGGAUCCUUAUUUCCCUCAAAUACAGCUCCCAAAAGCAAGGCCUGCUUGUGGGCAUCGUCCGCUGCGCCCAUUUGGCUGCCAUGGAUGCCAACGGCUACUCAGACCCCUACGUGAAAACAUACUUGAAACCGGACGAAGACAAGAAAUCCAAGCACAAGACGGCGGUGAAGAAGAAAACACUCAACCCUGAAUUCAACGAGGAAUUUUGCUACGAGAUUAAGCACGGUGACUUGGCGAAGAAGACCUUAGAGGUGACGGUGUGGGACUAUGACAUUGGCAAAUCAAACGACUUUAUUGGUGGCGUGGUGCUUGGGAUCAAUGCCAAAGGGGAGCGUCUCAAGCACUGGUUUGACUUUAAGAACAAGGAUAAGAAGAUUGAGCACUGGCACACGCUCACAAACGAGCUGCGGGGGCCAUCCUCAGCGAUUGACCUCACAGACACACCCCGGGUACCUGGGGAGAGCACAGCACACAACCCUGGCCAAGGAACAACGGCUGCCGUUGGAUUUCCUGUUUACUUCAUGCCAUGGGAGGGAUCCCAUGUCGUCCGGCAAGGAUUGAGGGGGGGGGCGGGCCUUACUCGGAAGAGUCUUUUCCCCCAGCCCUAUCAUUGGGGAUUGAACCUAGGGGGACAUCUCCACGAUAAGCAGAUGCUCUGGGAGUUGGAGCUCAGCACUCUUGAGGGCCGCAGCUUCCAUGCCGCUGUGUUUGACAAUCUGCUCUAA